AAAAAUAUUUCCUCUCUCCCCCCCUCUCUCUCUCUCUCUCUCUGAGAAUAUUUAUCUUCUAGUACAAGAAAAGCAAGGCUUGCACGCCAAGAAAUACUGAAGCAAGCAGAACAAGUGCCUCCGUAUCAAAGAAAUCGGAAGGGGAAAGGGGAGAUAAUGAAGCUGGUUUGGUCGCCGGAGAAAGCCUCAAAGGCUUAUAUCGAUACUGUGAAAUCGUGCGAGUUGUAUGAAGAAUCGAGCGUAGCGGAGCUGAUAUCGGCCAUGGCGGCGGGGUGGAACGCGCAGCUGAUCGUGGAAACGUGGUCAAAAGGGAGCGGGACGGCGACGAGCGUCGGGCUAGCGGUGGCGGGCCACCACGCGGGGGGGCGCCACGUGUGCGUGGUCCCGGAUCAAGAAUCGAGGGAGGCGUACGGCGCGGCCAUGCAGAGCGCGGGGGUUUCGCCGGAGAUCUUGGUGGGGGAGGCGGAGGAGGUGAUGGAAGGGCUGGAAGGGAUAGAUUUCCUGGUCGUCGAUUCCCGGAGGAGCGACUUUGCUCGGAUUUUGAGAGUGGCGAAACUCGGCCACAGAGGGGCUGUGCUCAUUUGCACCCACGUUUGCUCGCGGGAGGGUUCGGAUUUCCGGUGGCGGAGCGUUUUGGACGGGAAAUCAAGAAUUGUGCGCUCCGUUCUUCUGCCGGUGGGGAAGGGGCUAGAUAUAGCCCACGUCGGAGCCGCCGGCGGAGGCGGCGGAAAGGGGGAGAGUAGAUGGAUUAGGCAUUUUGAUAAGGAAUCUGGGGAAGAAUUUGUGAUCCGGAGGUGAAUAGAUUACAUGGUAGUAGUUAACUAGAUCAAACUAUGAAAUGAGUUUUUUCUUUUUUUUUUUUGUUUUUGGUUUGAUAAGUCAAGAGUUCUGACUUCUGUAUAUAGAUUUAGAAAAUGAAAGCACUUCUUGUUUUCCAGUUUUGUUGGUAGAGUUUGGUACACAUUAGUACUUCUAUCAAGGACUAUAAAGAUUAAUUUAGGUGUUUA